UCAAUCUGUAUCAACGUUUCAACUUCACUUCUUGUAAUGGCUGUCUAGCUUAUUUCUUAUAGCACUGUAUCAUAUUGGCUUCUUAGCCAAGUACAAGAAAACAAACCGUAUUGGGAAAAGAGUCUUACUUGACAGACUCGUAAGAUUGUCUGUAAAGUUAUUCAAUCUCAUGUUACAUGUAUGCCUUACAUGAGUUACAUAAAGCGAGUGGUUUAAAGCUGUUAUAUUAUAGGCCCAAUUUCUAGGCGCUUGUGAUGUGUCUAAUUUCUAUUCCUCAAACGUGGCUCGCUAUUAGCGUUUUACUGUUAAAACACUUUGACUUCGGAAUCGGCAAACAAGAUUUUAUUCAUUCUAAGAAUCCAGUCAGACUUUACGUUGGCCAAUGUAUUACUUUCACUGCACGACCGUCAUACAGCGUAGUUGGAAACUGGACAUGGCGUAAAAAUACACGUCCAUUAACAACAUCAUCCCGUGUUGUACAAGAUGGCAAUUAUUUACACAUUUAUGAUUUAACUGCUUCAGAUGGCGCAUAUUAUUCAACCUCCGUACAAACAGUUGAGAGAAAAGAGUUCUUUCAAUUCUGGCUUACUGUGAAAGAAUGUGGCGAUAACGAAAAGAAAAGUCCAUAUUUUCAAGGGAAAUGCAAAAGUUGGUGCCAAAAAAAAUGUGAUGUUGGCUGGAAAUAUUUCAAGGAAGGAUGCUACAAAUAUUUUGCAACGCCUAAAAGUUGGGAAAAUUCUUUGGAUAGUUGUCGUUCCAAAGGAGCUAAACUCACCGUCGUUGAAAGCAAGGAAGAAAACGAGUUCGUCUCAUCUUUGUUAGAAAGUGGUGAAGGGGCGUGGAUCGGAUUAAAUGAUCGUUAUUCUGAAUCUAAAUACACUUGGAAUAACGAUGCAGAUGAAACCGUACAUUAUUUUUCAUGGGCAAAGAGUGAACCAAGCAAUACAAAUGAAGAUUGUAACAUUGAAAAUUGUGUAGAAAUGAAAUAUGGUAGUUUAAAGUGGAAUGAUAUGAUUUGCAAUGGGUAUAACGCGUUUGUUUGUCAGCUGGACAUGAGGAAUUUUAACGUUUCGUCGUCUUGGUCGUGUUUUUCUCAGCGCUGUUACAAAUACUUCCGUGAUGAAGUAAUUUGGAAGGAUGCUAAGAAAAGAUGCCAGUAUAUUGGAGGACGUCUGGUAUCGAUAGAAAAUCCUGAUGUAUUAAAAUUUGUUGGAAAGUUGAUCGCAAGAAAUAUUUGGAUUGCUCUUAAUGAUAUUGCUGAAUCAGGCAAGUACGUAUGGUUUGACUCUGAUGUUGGAAAGUUAUCCAACAAGGCUUCAUAUUUUAACUGGGACAAUGGCGAACCAAACGAUAAAAUUCACCAGAAAAGAGGCUCGGAUAAACUAUGUCCUGGCGAGGACUGCGUACGAAUCAAUCGCUGGAACAACAAAGUGGCCUGGUACGACUCGAAGUGUAGCAAAAAAUACCCGUAUGUGUGUGAGAAAGUGCUAGAUAGUUUUUUGAUCUUGGCCGCAAUUAUUGGCAUAUCUAUUGGUUCCACUGCUGUUCUCAUUGUUAUUAUCGCGAUAUGUCAGUUCCGAUUACGUCAUUAUUGGAAUAAAGUUCAUGUGAAGAAAAUGCUAUUCAACUGAGAUGAUCAAAAACAGUCAUCAAGCAAUUACGCAUCCCAGAUAUUCUCCAUAUUUCACCUCGCAUUCAUCAACUGCUCAUCACAAAUGACAAAUCGUUGGAAGAUUGAGAAACACUACGUUACGUGUAGUUAGAGAAAGGUCAUUUCAACUUGAUAUGUUUAUUUUUGAUUUCAUACGAGAGAAACAUUUCGUUUGAAAGGUAGGUGUUUUUAUGUACAUAAGAUAUAUCCAUUAUAUAGCCUACGUUUAAAACAAGACAGAAAACUGUUUCAUUUUAUAAAGAUCUUUUUGUACUUUACUUAUAUGGGAUUUUUUAAUCAACUGGUUGAAUAACCAGAGAAAUAUUUUUUGAUCAGA